CUUCCUCCUGCUGCUCCUGCGCGUCUUCUCCGGCUUUAUUUGCUCCAUAUGGCGUUUGACAUGGUACCCAGGAAGGUGGGGGGAAAGUGUGUGGGCGGGGAGUAAAAAAAGAGCCUCGUAUUUGUCUGUCCUGAAAUUUGAUUCAGAAGUUCAGGAUCCUGGAAGACAAAAAGCGAGCGGAGGGGGAGGGAAGAAAGGCAAAAAAACGAGCGGAGGCUGCGAGAGGAGAGUCACCUCGAUACUUCCCAGACUGUCACUGAAAUCUGGUUUCCUGAUUUUGGCUUGGUUUUAGUCUGAACUUCUCCCUGCUCCUCUCAGGCUGUGUGACUAUGAGCACCUCAGGGCUUCAAGCCACUAACCAUCAAAAUGCCAAGGAGCUCGACAGCAUGAAGGAGUCCAUCAGUGACAUCAUCAACCAGCUCCAGGACAUCGACCCAGCCAGGCUCUCUUUCUCUCCCUUCCUGGACCUGGACACUCAGAUCUCGCUGGCGCCGGUCUCAGACAGCCCUGAGUCUUCAGUGGAGGAGCUGCGCUCGUCCUCCCACUCCGUCUCUGGCUCCCAGCUUUCGCUGGAACAGCCACCAGCACAAGAUCAGCCAAGGAGUUCAGCUCUGCAGUGCCACCAGCAGCACAGAAACCCUGGGAACCCUAGAGCUCAUCAGUCAAAAGAAGGGGAGACGGAUCAACGGGGUUCCAGUCCAGUCCUCACAGUGAUCAGUUUGGAAGCCACUGUUGAAAACUGCACUAGCCCGCAAACGCCAGCCUCCCAAGGAGACAUCCCCAACGGCACUGACCCACCCAGAUGGAGUCCAGAAUCCAACACUUUGGACUGUACUGUAGAUGAGGUUCGGCCCCUCAUAAGCCCUCCACCAGAGAGUGUUGAACUGACUGUGUGGAGCUCAGGAGGUCAGGCAGACGCUGCAGCAGAGGAGGCUUCAGAUCGGGGACGAUGCUGCUGCCUGUGUACAUGCUGUCUGAAAGGCCGGCUCCCUGCCUUCCUCUCAGCUCUGGCCUCUCUUCUUUGUGCGGCCGGGAUUCUCUAUGUGUUCUACGUCUACGUCCCCAUCAGAAUCCCUGAAUGCCCCAGCACUGAGAGCCGGAUCGUCUUCGCCUUGUGCUGCUGUGUGGUGGCUUCACUCCCCAUUCUGCUUGCGAUGCUCGGGGGUGCAGCCUGCCAGUUUUGCUCCGGCUCCCUCGAUGUGCCGGAGUCCCUUCCACGAAGACGGAGGCUUCAACAGCUGUUUAUUACAGCAUCCUUGGAACUGCUGCUCCUCUACGUGCUCAAUCUUAUCCUCAUAGCAUUGAUAGUCCCUCAAGAGCAGCUUAAGGUGGUGCCCAUGCUAGUCGCCAUGUUCAUCAUUGGAAGGCUUGUUUACUGGUUCAGCCUGAACACAUGCAGCUCCUGGCGAGGCUUCGGCUCGGGGCUGACCUUUUUCCCGCUUCUCGCCAUAGUCGCUCUCAAUCUGUUCCUGAUGUACCAGGUCUAUCUCAAGGCUUUCCUUUCUGGCUCUCAGGACGUUCUCUAUAAUCAGGUCACCCCUUCCCCCUGGUCGGGGGAGACAUCACAUAGCCCAAGUGGCAAACCAGACAUCCUGGAUGCUCAGUGAAGAGCUUGAGCUGCGCUUUCUUCUCUAAGAGGAGGCGGGAUUUUCCAAAAUAGGCCAUUCCUGUGGUCUGCAAUUCAGCACAGCUCCACCCGCUGCCACUAUAACCUCCAACUGUGUAUAGGCUUAACUUGUGUUUAUGCUCCUCCUGUGCGCAGCCUUUUUAUGUGGAUUUGUGCUAUAUUAUCUGCCAUGCUAGAGCUCAGCCUGCCAGUGGCCGGGGACGCCUUUGAGCAAUGCUGUAUUCAUAAAACAGUUGUCCUUUUAAGCCACUCCAGUGCCUGUGUUUAAUGAUUUGAACUCUGUACUUAAAAGUCUUUGCUUCAUACAGCAACAAGCUGCUUUUGCAACUGUAGCUGCAGCUGCAGUUAUCAAACAUUAAAUAUUUCAGAAACUUUGUAAAUGUCAAAGACAGAAUUAAAAAAAGCAGACAUAAAAAGAAACUUCCAUCCUUUUUUUGUUUUUUGUUACUAACCAGCAUUUACUUUGACUGAGCCGCUUUUGGGGUCCCGACACUGUCAUUAUAAGACAUCCUUGCCCUACAUUUCUGCCAUGCUAUAGAUAAACUUAUCAGUUUCCCAAAACCAUGUUUUGACCACAACCAAGAUGGAAUACGUUCAACUAAACAUCAUUUGAACUCUGAUUGAAGAGAAAAUUUAUCAGCUUCAUAAAAGGCUCUUAUACAUUCAAGAAAAUUCACAUUUUAACGACAUUCAUGAAAGUAAAAAUAUGCUUUUUCUUUGAAGUUCCAUUCACAUAAUUUGUCUUAUUUUAUGUGAAUGCAAGACUAAUCUCCCCUGUGUAUUUGAAGUAACAGAUGAUGACGAUGGCGCAACUGAAUUUGUGACACAUUGACUUUUUUGCCAAAAUAUAUUUAGCUUUGAAUAUUCUGGGUUAUGUACAACAGUUCAUAUUAUAAAUAGAGGAUUCAUGAA